UGUGAUUUUACUGCUUCAUAUUGGCACUAAGGUGUCUCACCAGUAAAUGAUUCAAAAACAUCAUUUAAAUACACAAUUUUUCUUUCUCUUUUUAUUUGAAAUGUCUUUGUAUUCAACUAUUGGAUUCCUUAACCUCCAGCUCAGCUCCUUGACUCAACACCUUUCUUCUUAAACAAGCACAUAUUGUGACAUCUUUACAUCACACUUGGAACAUCAUUCCUCAUGACAGCUUUUCAUACCAUUCAUUGGAGGCUGGUUUCUGGGAUCUUAGGAGUUAUUUGCCUUUCAUUGAUGGUUACUUUGGGAAUUUUACUAAAAAAUUCACUGAGUAAAGAAAGUGUUCGGCCAGCUUCAUCUCCACCACCUAUCACAGGACACCAGGAAGGUAGAUUUCGUACUUUGGAAAACGAUAGUAUCGGCGCUGACUGUUGUUUUUGCAAAGACAAGUGGAUUGGAUACCAAUGCAAUUGUUACUUCAUUUCUAAUGAAAGAAAAACUUGGGAAGAAAGUAGACAUCUCUGUGCUUCUCAGAAUACCAGUCUACUUCACCUCCAAAGCAGAGAGGAAUUGAGUUUUAUAGAUUCUGGUGAUGCUUUUUACUGGAUUGGACUCUCUUACAGUCAAGAACGUGAGGCCUGGUUAUGGGAGAAUGGUUCUGCUCUUUCCCAGGAUCUCUUUCCAUUGUCUCACACUUUAAAUCCAAAGAACUGCAUAGUAUAUGCACGCAAAAAUAUUCUGGAUGAACCCUGUGGAAGGAAAAAUCGCUACAUCUGUAAGCAGCAGCUUAUUUAAGAGUUGCUUGGGGGGGUAGAAGCGGCAAUGAGAGUCACAGGUUACUAAGAAUGGUAAUUUUACCUCUUAUAUUGUUACCAGUUAUCUACUUCUGACAUCUGUAAACUGUUGUAAACUGUGUCUUAUCCAAUUUUCAUGUUUGAAACCAUGAACUUAAAAAUUGUCGAAGUUUGUAUGACUAUAUCUGAAAUUAUAGUGUCAAGAUAAAUAUUUUUCUGAAUAUUUUGACUUAGUGUAUAUGUUUAAUAUUCAAUUCAAUAUAGUUGAUGUAAACAUUCUUGUACAAUCUCUCUGAAGAAAUCGAAAUAAAA